AUGACCCACCCCCAAAAGAAACUCCUUAAGCGAGGUCGUAACGAGGACGACGACGAUCAGAAAGACAAGCUAGAUCCGUUGCCUACUGAUCUAGAGGUGGAGAUACUGACCAAAUUGCCGUCAAAGUCUCUGAUGAAGCUCCGAUGCGUGUCCAAGAUUUGGUCUUCCAUCAUCCGAAGCCAGAGAUUCGUCGAUUCCUUCUACGCGAUCGCGUUUCACAGUCUCUUUCAGACUUACCGCUACAGGUGUCCUUCCAUCCACGGCUUUGUCGGUUGUGCUAAUUUCCCUACGUUCAUUGUAUGUAACCCGAGCACGAAGCAAGUGAUUACCUUACCCAUUAAAGGAGUCCGCGCAUCCUUGGGAUAUGAUCCUGUCGGUCGUCAAUUCAAAGUGUUGAACUUGGUCACUGGUGCUGGCGAGUUUCCUAGUUAUCUAGUGCACGAGUUUAUAACACUUGGAGCAGGAGGAGAAGUAUCACGCAGUCAGGUUACAACCGCUUCUUAUGUCCAUGUAACUGAUAGAAUUUACAUCAAUGGUUCCCUCUAUAGUGCUGCUUGGUCCCCUAAGGCAAGAAUGAAUCCGGUGGUUGUGUCACACUUGUGUGUGUUGAUGUUAGAUACGAGACCAUAA